CAUCAGUGCCAGCUCGUGCUAUAAUUACAGCCUGUGCUUCUCCAUCCAACCUCUGUGAUGGCUGCUACAGCGAGGAAGGGCUCAAGCUGCUCUGAGCCCACUUUUUAGCAAGAGUUGGCCAUGGUGUUGGAUGCAGCCCGGUCUGGGGAGAGGUGGAAAGCCCUUAGGGAAGAGGAUGAGAACAAGCCACAGGGCUUGCAUUGGGGAAUGGCACAUCUCGAACCCUUCGUGGGAAAGUUACAGCAUAAGGAAGGAGGUGCUUUGUCCAUCUUGCUGCUAAUUAAACCGCUCAUCCUACAGCCUGUGUAUGCCCGGAGCCUGCUGGAGUCAUCUACACACAGCAAGCAGAAAGGUCCCUGUCCCCAGCCUGCUGGAAAGCAGACCUGCCACCUCCCCGGCUCUCAGCUGGAGCCUGGCUGGAGAGGAGCGGUGAGAAACCAGCAAAACCAGGAUCAGAUUGCAGCAGGCUCCUCCUCCAGUGACUACAGAGAGGGAAGGAGAGGCGGAGAGCUGGAAACCAGCAACUCCAGGCUGCCUACCUGCACCUUGCCAGCCGGGCUGGGGACCGCGCCGGGGGCGAGCAUCUUCUCGACCCGCAUCCCAUGGGAUGUGCGGGGUCCCUGGGUGCUCCCUGCUAUCCCGGGAGCAUCUUCCCAUCGCUGCCUGCCUCCAGCCCGGCAUGGAGAGCCUGAGCACCAGCCUGAAGAAGAAAGCUACGGAGCAGCACUACAGGGCGGAGGUGAUGAUUGCUGGAGAGCAGCUGAGGCUUCGCCUCCACGAUGGGAAGCUCAUUAAAGACAGACGUUACCACCUCCGAACGUACCCAAACUGCUUCGUGGCGAAGGAGCUCACAGACUGGCUGAUCGGCCACAAAGAAGCACCGGACCGAGAGACGGGCAUCCGCCUCAUGCAGAAGCUAAUGGACCAUUACAUCAUCCAUCAUGUCUGCGACGAGCACUCGGACUACAAGGAUGCCAAGCUGCUGUAUCGCUUCCGCAAGGAUGACGGGACCUUCCCUCUCAGUAAGGACGUGAAGGUGUUCAUGAGAGGGCAGAGUCUUUAUGAGAAGCUGGUGAGCGUGGAAGAGUCAAUUCUGAAGGUGAGAGAGGAGAACUCGGUGAAGUACCAGAGGACUUUCCUGGGCUGCGAGAUGAUCGACUGGCUCGUUCAGGAGGGAGAAGUGGAGAACCGAAAGGAAGCGGUGGAGCUGGGACGGGCGCUGCUGGAGCAUGGGAUCAUUCAGCAUGUCUCCAAUAGGCAUCACUUCUUUGACAGUGACAUCCUCUACCAAUUCUGGAUCAACUUUCGACGGAGGCGUCGUCUUACAGAGUUACUCAACGAGAACUCUUCUCGUACCCUCUCCGAGAGCCCAGACAGCCCCUUCUGUCUUCGCAAGCUCAACCCGGACCCAGGCAACACCAGCUUUCUCUCUGUCCAGACCAACAAGGAGAUCAAAAUUGUCUCAGCGGUUCGAAGGAGCAGCAUCACCUCCCUCGCUGGAAACUCCAACCCCUACUUCAGCACUACUCCUACGUUGGUAUUCCCUCCUGUGGCUGAGUGCAACCCCAAAUCAGUGUUAAAGAGACCCGUCACCAAUGAAGAGCUCCUGUCCCCUGGGGCUCCCUACAUCAAGAAAACGCUAACUAUCGUGGGGGAUGCGGUGGGCUGGGGGUUUGUGGUCCGAGGAGGAAGACCUUGCCACAUCCAGGCAGUGGACCCAGGAGGACCCGCUGCUGCCGCGGGGAUGAAGGUGUGCCAGUUUGUUUUCUCAGUGAAUGGUAUGUACGUUUUGCAUCUGGACUAUCAGACCAUCAGCAGCCUCAUCAUGACGGGACCACGAACUCUCGUGAUGGAAGUCAUGGAAGCCGUUGAAUAAGUGAAGGAGUCUCAUCCCACCGCUGUUUGGAAAGGCAGGACGCUCCCCUAAGCAAGGAUGGACUGUGGGGAGGGACCAACCUUGACCAUUCACUGUGAAAUGUUAGCCAGGCAUUUUAAUAUAUUUUCAAAUAAAUACAUUCUAAUGGACAAGUCUC